AUGUCAGAUAUCGACGAUAAAAUAGUUCUCAAACAUAAUGAAAGUUUAGCUUCAUCUAAUUUAAGUGAUCAUGAUGAAAUUAAUGAAAAAUCAGAAAAAUCAGAAAAAUCAAUUAAAGAAUUUUUAUUUUUAGAUAAACCAUUUUAUAGAUAUGGUUUUAUUAAUCUUUUAAACUUUUAUAUAUUUUUAAUCACUAUAAGUUCAACAUGUAAUGGUUAUGAUGGUAGUAUGUUGAACGGUUUACAAAUUGUUGAAACAUGGGAAAAGAAUAUCUUGAGAAAUAAUCUUGGUGCUUUAUCUAAUGGUACCACAUUUGGUGGUUUUUUUGCAAUGUUGUUUGCGUCUUACAUUUCAGAUAAAUUCGGUAGAAAAAUAGCUUUAGCUGUUGGUGCUAUAUUAAUUAUUAUUGGUGCUGUGUUGCAAGGAGCUUCUUAUAAUUAUGGUUUCUUUUUAGCUGCUAGAUUUGUUAUUGGUAUGGGUAGUGGUAUUGCAGUUGCAAGUUCACCUUCAUUAAUUUCAGAAAUUGCUUAUCCAACCCACAGAGAUAUUUGUACUGCUUUAUAUAAUAGUUGUUGGUAUUUAGGUGCUUUAAUAGCUGCUUGGGUUACUUACGGUACUCAUUUCAUGACAACGGAUUAUGCAUGGAAGAUUCCAAGUUAUUUACAAGGUAUUUUGCCAUUAUUUCAACUUGCUUUAUUAUACUGGGUUCCUGAAUCACCAAGGUUUUUAAUCAGAAAGGGUAAAAUCGAUAAAGCUAAAGCUAUAUUGAGGAAAUGGCAUACUGGUAAUGACUAUUCUGAUAGAGCAACAGCUUUAGUUGAAUUUGAAGCUGGUGAAAUUCAAGCUGCUUUAGCAUUGGAAGAUUCACAAGCACAUAGUUCAUACAUGGAUUUCCUUAGAUUACCAUCUUACAGAAAAAGAUUAUUCUUGGUUGUCUUUACAGCAUUUUUCAUGGUACGUAAAAUAAUUUAAAAAUUUUUGAAAAUUUUGUUAUCACCAAAACACCAAGUGAUAUCCACAGAGCUCAACAGCUGUACUAACCUUCCCCAGCAAUUAUCAGGAAAUGGGCUCGUGUCUUAUUAUUUGAACAAGGUGCUUGAUACGAUUGGUAUCACUGAUGCUAAUUCACAAUUGAAAAUUAAUGGUUAUUUGAUGUUGUACAAUUUGGUUAUCUCAUGGUUUACAAAUUCAAUGGUUCAUUUCUUUAAAAGAAGAACUUUAUUCUUAGCUUCCUUAUCAGGAAUGUUGGUGUGUUAUAUUAUUUGGACAAUCUUAUCAGCUAGAUUUGCAAUUGGUGGGUACCAAGAUCAAAGUUUGGCAAAAGGAGUCUUAGCAUUCAUAUUUUUGUUUUACUUCUGCUACAGUAUGUAUUAAUUACCUCAGAUGUGAUUGUGUUUGUCUUCAAGAGAUUUUCAAAAUGGCUGUAAAAUGAAAAUUUUGCAACAACUUGCUCAAAACACUCAAGAAACAUGUUUCAACUAUCAAAGCUGUACUAACAUCCUCGUAGAUGCUGGCUGUAACGGGGCUCCGUUCCUUUACGUGACCGAAAUACUUCCUUACAGUCAUAGAGCUAAGGGUUUAAAUUUAUUUUCAGGUCUCAAUAAUUUAUUUAUUAUUUACAAUGGUUUUGUUAACCCAGUUGCAAUGGAUGCCAUUGAAUGGAAAUAUUACAUUGUAUACUGUUGUAUUUUAGCUUGUGAAGUGGUUAUUGUUUACUUCUUUUAUGUUGAAACUGCAACCUAUUCAACAUUGGAAGAAAUUUCAGCUGCGUUUGGUGAUGACCCAGAUCAUAUUGUUGCUAACUCACCAGAAAAAGUAGUAUUUGAACAUAAAGAAACAGUUUGA